CUGGUAGCGGCCAAACAAUUUGAAGACAUGCGAAUAAAUAAUCUAAUCGCUCCGAGAGAGCUUUCUUCCACUUCCAUCAUCCCCCCUCCUCCUUCAAUUCCUUCCACUAGCCCUCUCUGAGAUUUGGAUUCUGUUCCAAAUCAAAUUCUUCAUCGUCUUUCUUGUUUGGCCCUGGCAAUUCUCGCCGCUCGCAAAGAUGAUGUCGAUAAGGCCAUCAAGGCGCGCCUUGUGUGCGCUCCAUUCCCAAAAUGCGUCUUUGAGAAACUGUUCGAGACCCUCGUCCUCUGCGCCUACCGCUUCUCUCUCCUCCCAAAACCGCUUGAGUCAGACAUCUUCCGCAAGAGGCGUAUCAAAACGAGGCCAGAGCACUGUCUCUGCUCCAUCUCCACAAGCACGACCAUAUCCCAGCCCUGCCUUUAAUCAAUAUACCCCUCAGAAUGAUAUCUCACCCCUCCAAAACAAGAAGCUACCAGCGCUGGAUGACUCAUUUAUCGGAAUGAGUGGAGGAGAGAUUUUUCAUGAGAUGAUGCUAAGACAAGGAGUGAAGCAUAUAUUUGGGUACCCUGGUGGUGCUAUCUUGCCAGUCUUUGAUGCGAUCUACAACUCUAAACACCUCGAUUUUGUACUUCCACGACAUGAACAGGGUGCUGGACAUAUGGCCGAAGGCUAUGCUCGGGCAUGUGGAAAACCAGGCGUGGUGCUUGUCACCUCAGGACCCGGCGCAACCAACGUUAUUACACCGAUACAGGAUGCUAUGUCCGACGGAACCCCCAUGGUGGUCUUUUGUGGCCAGGUUGCGACAACCGCCAUUGGAACGGAUGCCUUCCAGGAAGCCGACGUAAUUGGCAUCUCAAGAGCUUGCACGAAAUGGAAUGUCAUGGUAAAAUCGGUCGCUGAGCUCCCUAGACGUAUCAAAGAGGCCUUUGAAAUUGCCACCAGCGGCAGACCAGGGCCUGUUUUGGUUGAUCUUCCUAAAGAUGUGACAGCUAGCAUCCUGCAGAAGGCUAUCCCCAUGAGCAGCACACUCCCAACUCAGCCAAGUGCAGCAACCCUUGCGGCACGUGAACUUAAUGCACGCUACCUGGAAGCGAACAUCCGGCGCGCAGCUAAAUUGAUUAACAUUGCCAAGAAACCUGUUCUAUACGUUGGCCAGGGUCUCCUUGCGCGCCCAGAGGGCCCGAAGUUGCUCAAGCAGCUCGCAGACAAGGCAAACAUUCCCGUCACCACCACUCUGCAGGGUCUAGGCGGCUUUGACGAGUUGGAUCCGAAAUCUCUCCACAUGCUGGGAAUGCAUGGCUCAGCCUACGCCAAUAUGGCUAUGCAAGAGGCAGAUUUGAUUAUUGCCAUGGGCGCCAGAUUUGACGACCGUGUUACAUUAAACAUUUCCAAAUUCGCUCCCCAAGCCAAGGCUGCCGCCUCGGAAGGCCGGGGUGGUAUUAUUCACUUUGAGAUGGUGCCCAAAAAUAUCAACAAGGUCGUCGAAGCAACGAUACCCGUUGAAGGUGAUUGCGCAGACAACCUCGCCCUUUUGAUUCCACAGAUCGACGCUAUCAAAAGCCGACCCGAAUGGUUCGCUCAGAUUAAUGACUGGAAGAUGAGAUUCCCUCUUUCCCUAUACGAAAAGCAAACCCCGGAGGGCCUCAUUAAACCUCAAGCACUCAUUGAGAAACUUAACGAAUUGACCGCGGACAUAAAAGACCGUACUAUUAUCACUACAGGCGUUGGUCAGCAUCAGAUGUGGACUGCUCAACACUUCAGAUGGCGAUAUCCGCGGACCAUGAUCACAUCUGGUGGGCUGGGCACUAUGGGAUAUGGCCUACCGUCCGCCAUUGGUGCCAAGGUUGCCCGCCCGGACGCGCUUGUGAUCGACAUUGAUGGCGAUGCAUCCUUCAACAUGACUAUUACCGAGUUGACUACCGCCGCGCAGUUCAACAUUGGUGUUAAGGUCAUCGUUCUCAACAAUGAAGAGCAGGGCAUGGUAACGCAAUGGCAGAGUCUUUUCUAUGAGGACCGCUUCGCCCAUACUCACCAGCUGAAUCCAGAUUUCGUCAAGGUAUCAGAAGCCAUGGGUGUACAAGCCAAAUUGUGCUCGAAACCCAGCGAGGUGGAGUCGAGCUUGAAAUGGCUUAUCGAGAGCGAGGGCCCGGCCUUGCUCGAGGUGGUUACCGAUAAGAAAGUUCCUGUUCUGCCAAUGGUGCCGACAGGUAAAGGACUGCAUGAGUUUUUGGUGUAUGAUGAAGCCAAGGAGAAGGAGCGAAGAGCCCUCAUGAAGAAGAGAUCUGGAUAUUAAAUUUACCAGUUCUCUUGAGCUUCGCGAUUUACCUGGCCGCCAGCACAUGCCACGGGGUGGAGUGCAUCUUGACGUAAUUAUAUUUGUUUUCUUUUUUUCUUUUUCUUUCUUUAUUUUUAUUUUUUUUUUUUAUUUUUAUUUAUUAUUUUUUUUUUUUUUUUUUUUCACGCAUUUAGCUCUUAUUUUCUUGACGGAUUUCCUUCUCCUAUUUUCAAUUCCCUUUUUUUGUUUCCUCAAUUGUCCGUUUUUGAUAUCCAUGGGCGUUAUGGAAUGGAGGAUGUUCAAACAAAAUACAAAACAAAAGUUGGCAUCGCGCGGCGGUAGCGCAAUUAUAUAUCUUAAAACGCAAGCAAGUAUAGGUGGUUACGCACUGCUUGGAAGGAUUUGAAAACAGGCAACUCGGACAUGCUUCUCGGCUUGUUCUUGGGACAUCUUGUCCCAUCCUUUCGGACCCAUCGAUCUGUUGACCUACCUGCACCUGUUCUCUUUUUUGUGAUGGGGAGCUGCACACAUCAUUACAUUUAAUUAUUCAAGGGUAGUUAUUUCCAAGAGUUUUGAUUCAAAGUGUUCUUUGAUUCUCCAUAUCAGUACGGAGUAAACAUUUAUUCAAAACCCCUCCUCCACCCAAGAAGCAACCGAGGGAAAAUUGAGGAACUCUGGAAACCGGUCCGGGUCACGUGGCUGCUCUUUGCCUCUGACGUCUGAACUAGUAACUUGCAGCUUCA